CUCAUUCACAGAGAGCAAGAAGUGUGAAUGAGAUAGGCAUUAGGCAGAGUGAGAAAGGGAGCCUUGGAAAGUAACAGCAGGUUUUCUAUUUCAUAUUGCUUGAAGGUAGGAAAAGAGAUAACAACAUACCCGGGAGAGAGAAAAGAAAGGGAGAGUACUCUAUCAUUUCUUUUUUAGACGGGUUUGCCAUACUUCUUCACCCGAGCAAAGAGGUAUAGUGCACUUUGUGGAUUUUUCUUUAAGAAAAGUCCCCUGUAAUUACGCACAAAUCUUUUACACGUAGACGUAGUGAAUUGGAAACUCCACGAUAAUAAUUCUUAAUACAUGCAUUUCGGUGUUUUUUUUUAAAUGCAAAAGUUUCCUUUUUUUGUUCAGCGCUGUUUCAGGGACAUUGAGGACCCCGGGUUGCAAUGAUAAGGAUUUUGGUAACGUGCGUCUCCGUGGUGUCCAUCAUCGGGAUGGUGGCCGGUGUUCGUAGUGGAUACGGAAUAAGUAUGUUCGCGGCUCAGUCCUCUCCUCCGGACCCGUGUUACGACGAGAACGGAAACCCCAGACGCUGCAUCCCCGACUUUGUGAACUCCGCGUUCGGAAAGGACGUGCGCGUGUCCAGCACCUGCGGCGCUCCUGCGACGCGAUACUGCGUGGUGACCGAGAAGGGCGAGGAAAGAUCGAGGGACUGCAACAUCUGCGACGCCACGGACCCCAAGAAGUCGCAUCCGCCCGCGUACCUGACAGACCUCAACAACCCUCACAACCUCACCUGCUGGCAGUCGGACAACUACCUGCAAUACCCGCAAAAUGUGACUUUGACGCUGUCCUUGGGGAAGAAGUUCGAGGUGACUUACGUGAGCCUCCAGUUCUGCUCUCCUCGCCCUGAAUCCAUGGCCAUCUUCAAGUCCAUGGAUUACGGAAAAACCUGGGUGCCGUUUCAGUUCUACUCAACCCAGUGCAAGAGAAUGUACAACAAACCAAGCAAAGCUGCGAUCACCAAGCAGAACGAGCAGGAAGCGAUCUGCACGGACUCGCACACGGACAUGCAGCCAUUAACAGGUGGACUCAUCGCGUUCAGCACGCUGGACGGCAGACCCUCCGCGCACGACUUCGACAACUCGCCCGUUCUGCAGGACUGGGUCACGGCCACCGAUAUCAAAGUGACCUUCAACCGGCUGCACACGUUCGGGGACGAGAACGAGGAUGACUCGGAGCUCACCAGGGACUCGUAUUUUUACGCCGUGUCUGACCUGCAGGUCGGCGGUCGCUGUAAGUGUAACGGGCACGCAUCAAAGUGCGUAAAGGACCGAGAAGGGAACCUAGUGUGCGAGUGCAAGCACAACACGGCGGGACCGGAGUGUGACAGGUGUAAGCCGUUCCACUACGACCGUCCGUGGCAGCGCGCGACGGCCAGAGAGGCCAACGAGUGUGUCGCCUGCCACUGUAACCUACAUGCCCGCCGCUGCCGCUUCAACAUGGAGCUGUAUAAGCUAUCGGGCCGCAGGAGUGGAGGAGUCUGUCUCAACUGCAGACACAACACAGCCGGACGCCACUGCCACUACUGUAAAGAGGGCUACUACAGAGACAUGACCAAGGCUAUCUCACACAGACGCGCAUGCAAAGCUUGUGAUUGUCAUCCGGUUGGCGCAGCUGGUAAGACCUGUAACCAGACGACCGGACAGUGCCCAUGCAAAGAUGGUGUGACUGGCAUCACCUGCAACCGCUGCGCUAAAGGAUACCAGCAAAGCAGAUCACCUAUCGCCCCCUGUAUCAAGAUUCCUGUUGCUGCACCCACAGUCACCUACAGCAGUUCACAAGAGCCCACAGACUGUGACUCCCACUGUAAGACUCCCAAGGGCAAGAUGAAGGUUACCAUGAAGAAAUACUGCAAGAAAGAUUAUGCUGUCCAGGUUCACGUGCUGAAAGGAGAUAAGACGGGCGAGUGGUGGAAAUUCACCAUCAACAUCAUAUCCGUCUACAAGCAGCGUGGACAUCGCAUUCGCAGAGGAGACCAGCUCCUGUGGAUCCGUGCCAAAGACGUGGCCUGCAAGUGUCCCAAAAUUAAACCCGGGAGGAAGUACCUGCUGAUGGGCUCUGACAGCGAGGACUCGCGCGGUCAGAGCGGCGUGGUGGCAGACAAGGGCAGCCUGCUCAUCCCGUGGAAGGACCUGUGGGCCCGUCGGCUCAGGAAAUUUCAGCAACGUGUCAAGAGGGGCAAGUGUUAGAAAACAAAAAAACAUGGAGGAAAAAACAGAGAGAUUGAAGAACCGGAGAGAAGGAAAGAAAAAUAGUGAGCCGAGCAACGUCGGAGCAGAUUGAUUAACAAUUGAUCAGAACUGUGGUGAAGGACAACCAGAUGUGCAGUUUUGCCUUCUGUUGUUUAGCGUGUUUUUUUUCCCCCAUCAAGAUUUUAUUUUUUCAUAUCUUCAAUUUUGCAGAAUUUGCACCUACUAUUAAGCAUACAUAUGUAGAGUGGUUUAUGUGUGAUCCUUUCUGGUGUCUCUUUAUAAAGGAUAAAAAAAAGAAAAAGAUAAAAGCUACUGAGUCAGUUUAUCUAUGUGAAUGUUUUCCUGAAGAAGUGUGUUGGCGGUCGACAUUUCUAAGAACUAACAGUGGGGUCCAAACAUCUGCGACACUUUGAAAGUCUGGAUCUAAAACAGAAAAUUGUAGAAUUUUGAGAAUUCCAGAUCACCUGUGGAGCAGCUUUUUUUUUAAUGAAACAUUUAGUUUUAAAUUUGAAAAAUGCUAAAUAAAAGCCCUUUCAUUAGUGCUCUGAGUCUUUUGGGCCCUAUUGUACAGGCAGCAUUUGCAUAUGUGUGAUUAUGAUAGAAUCAUAAAACAAGAUCUGUCAAGCCAAUACUUGCCAAAAUGACACAAAGCAUCCUUUACGUUCCUUCCUCUCAGAUAGAAAAUCUGUUGACAAUACCUCACCGUUGCUGAUCAGAAGAAUCUGAUUGGUUCAAAAUGGCAUGACAUCAUAAUGUUUAUUUGGUGCGAAAAGCUAUGCCGACUUUUGGCCUUUGAUACUAACUGUGGUGAUCUUUAAAGCAUGAAGUCUACCCUCUGUUCCAUAACUAGUUGUAGUCUGAGUUGAGUUAUAAAUAUAGAGUAUUAUUUUUAACCACUUCAUGAUUUUUGAGUUGAAAAAAAAAAGUGUAUUUUUCACUGUGAAUGAGAAGUUCACUUAAAACAGGUCACAAUUAUAUUUAGUGUAAUCUUGUUUUAUUUCUAAAGAUUUCCCAGAUGCAGUAAUAAUCAAAAUUCUCAUCAUUAAGAGUGAAAAAAAGCCUGAAAUCUCCUAGAGUUUGGUAAAAUUGUAACGCUCUAGAUUCUAAAUUUGAGACGUCCUGUAUGUCAUUGCUAAGGUUUAGUGAUAAAGUGAUGGAGGAUAUAAGAAAAAUAAACAAUGUACACAA